UUGCGCGGCGCCUGCGGUCCGCGGCGCGGUUAGUGGCGGCGCCCUGGAGAGUGGCUGCCGCCAUGAUCGAGCAGCAGAAGCGCAAGGGCCCGGAGCUACCCCUGGUUCCUGUCAAGCGGCCGCGACAUGAGCUGCUGUUGGGAGCGGCAGGAGCAGGCCCCGGAGCCGGGCCGCAGCAGGCGACUCCGGGGGCAUUGCUGCAGGCGGGACCGCCAAGGUGUUCUUCCCUUCAAGCUCCAAUCAUGCUGCUCUCGGGACACGAAGGGGAAGUGUACUGCUGCAAGUUUCACCCCAAUGGAUCCACCCUGGCUUCCGCAGGAUUUGACCGGCUCAUACUGUUGUGGAAUGUCUAUGGAGACUGUGAUAACUAUGCCACGUUGAAGGGACACAGUGGAGCGGUAAUGGAGCUGCAUUACAACACAGACGGCAGCAUGCUCUUCUCAGCGUCCACAGAUAAAACUGUGGCCGUGUGGGACAGCGAGACAGGAGAGAGAGUGAAGAGGCUAAAGGGACAUACUUCCUUUGUGAAUUCCUGUUACCCAGCCAGGCGGGGCCCCCAGCUUGUCUGCACUGGCAGUGACGAUGGUACAGUUAAGCUUUGGGACAUCCGGAAGAAAGCAGCUAUCCAGACAUUUCAGAACACAUACCAGGUGUUAGCUGUGACCUUCAAUGACACGAGUGAUCAGAUUAUCUCUGGUGGAAUAGACAAUGAUAUCAAGGUUUGGGACCUACGCCAAAACAAGUUAACCUACACCAUGAGAGGCCAUGCAGACUCUGUAACUGGCCUGAGCUUGAGUUCUGAAGGGUCUUAUCUCUUGUCCAAUGCAAUGGACAACACAGUGCGUGUCUGGGAUGUCCGGCCAUUUGCUCCCAAAGAGAGAUGUGUGAAGAUAUUUCAAGGAAACGUCCACAACUUUGAAAAGAACCUCCUGAGAUGCUCCUGGUCGCCAGACGGAAGCAAGAUAGCAGCCGGCUCAGCAGACAGGUUUGUGUAUGUGUGGGACACCACGAGCCGAAGGAUCCUGUAUAAGCUGCCUGGUCAUGCUGGCUCCAUCAAUGAGGUGGCUUUCCACCCCGACGAGCCCAUCAUCCUCUCAGCAUCCAGUGACAAGAGGCUGUACAUGGGCGAGAUCCAGUGAGGUGUGCAGUGGGAGGCUCCCGGCUCCGGGCCCUGAGGCUCAGACUAUGAAAUUGGCCAGAGUCUGAUGGUGUCUGGGCUAACCUGCCCUCAGAUGACCAUCAUCAUCAUCCGCUGGAGGUGACGGCCGUGUCCAGCAGCCGCUUGUACCCCACUCACCAGAACAACUGUGGCCUCUGGUACCACCUGCCAGAUUUCAGGGAUUGGUUUCUUCUCUUUCAAAAGUAAGAUUCCUUCAGAAGGACAAACAUUGGUUUGAUAUUUUCUGUUUUUUAAUCUAGGCUGGAGACAGGGAAUGUCAAUUAAAAUUUGUUGGAUUUGUUUUCUGUUUUAUUUUUAAAUUGAGUAACUGGCUUGUAUGAUAUUUCUUUCGGUGUUUGAGUCAUUUUGUAUUUGUAUUAAAAAUCCACCUUUUUACAAGAA